CCCACGCAUAUAUACACCCACCCAUACAGCUAGUCCUCUCUCUUUCUUAACUAGUUUCCAGUUUCCCAUCCCCAUCGCGCGCAUACUCCUCAUAAUCACAUAUACACUUCUCAUUUCCUACCUAUUUCCUCUCUCUCUCUCUCACUCUCUCUCUCUCUCUCUGAUCUCUCUCUCCCCUGUGCUGCCAGUUAGCUAGUACGUACUAUAAAUAUAUGUAGUAGAACAUCCAAAUCAUUAGAAGCUCUGCUAGCUAGCUAGCCUUGGUGAUGGAGAAGUAAUAUAUAUGUUUGUUUGCAGAUUGAAGAUGGAAAUGAUUAUACUUCCUCCACACGAUCUUACUCAUUAUCAUCCACCUGCAAAUAACAAGGAAAGCCAGAGGGGUUGCCGAGAAAACCAGAACGGGCGGUCGUCGGAAGCAGCAUACCGCCACGAGGAGAAAGUCGAUGAUGACUGGAACGACUCUCUCAAUUUGCGGAACAUCUCUAAGGUCGUUCUGCCGCCUUUGGGAGUGUCCAGUUAUAAUCACAAUCAGCUUCAGGGAAAAGGCAGAAUUAUCCUGCCCAUGGAUUCAAGAUACAGGUGUUGGGAGGCAUUCAUGGUGCUUCUGGUGGCUUACUCAGCGUGGGUGUAUCCCUUUGAGGUUGCAUUUCUGAAGUCCACUCCGAAGAGGAAGCUAUACAUUGCCGACAACAUUGUGAAUUUGUUUUUCGCCAUUGAUAUCAUCUUGACAUUCUUUGUCGCCUACAUUGAUCGAACAACUCAGCUACUUGUUCGUGAUUCCAGAAAGAUUGCUCUCAGGUAUCUGUCAACAUGGUUUGUAAUGGACAUAGCAUCAACAAUCCCAUUUGACGCAUUGGCAUACUUGCUCACUGGAAAACACAAAGUUGGCCUCUCUUACUGCCUCCUGGGUCUGCUUAGAUUUUGGCGUCUCCGAAGAGUAAAACAACUCUUCACUAGGCUUGAAAAGGAUAUCAGGUUUAGUUACUUCUGGGUUCGAUGUGCCAGGCUUCUUUCUGUGACCCUGUUUCUAGUGCAUUGUGCUGGGUGCCUCUACUACAUGCUCGCGGACCGAUACCCACACAAAGGAAAGACAUGGAUUGGAGCUGUGAUUCCAAACUUCCAAGAAACAAGCCUCUGGAUCCGAUACAUUUCAGCAAUCUACUGGUCCAUCACAACCAUGACUACCGUGGGUUAUGGAGACCUGCAUGCUGUGAACACAAUGGAAAUGAUCUUUAUCAUCUUCUACAUGCUGUUUAACCUUGGCCUUACAGCAUACAUCAUUGGUAACAUGACAAACUUGGUAGUAGAAGGGACUCGUAGAACCAUGGAAUUUAGAAACAGCAUCGAAGCAGCAUCAAAUUUUUUGAGUCGAAAUCGCCUGCCUCCACGGCUGAAAGAGCAGAUAUUGGCUUAUAUGUGCUUGAGAUUUAAGGCAGAGAGCUUGAAUCAGCAACAAUUGAUUGAGCAGCUGCCAAAAUCAAUCUGUAAAAGUAUUUGCCAGCAUUUAUUUCUGCCCACCGUGGAGAAGGUCUAUCUUUUCAAGGGUGUCUCCAAGGAAAUUCUCUUGCCUCUGGUCGCAAAAAUGAAGGCUGAGUACAUACCACCCAGGGAAGACGUCAUAAUGCAGAAUGAAGCGCCUGACGAUGUCUAUAUAAUUGUAUCAGGAGAAGUUGAAUGUAUUGAUGGCAAGAUGGAGAAAGAAUGGGUUAUUGGGACAUUACAAUCAGGGGACAUGUUUGGUGAAACCGGUGCACUUUGUUGCAAGCCCCAAAGCUUCACAUUCAGAACCAAAACAUUAUCACAGCUUCUUAGGCUCAAAACCAGUGUUCUUUUAGAAGCAAUGCAGAUCAAGCAAGAAGAGAAUCUGACCCUGCUUAAGAACUUUCUUCAACAUCUUAAAAAUUUUAAGGAGCUGAGUAUUGGAGUUGGAGACUUGCUGUUUGAGAGAGGGGAAGAAGAUGGUGAUCCAAACAUGGCUUUCAACUUGCUGUCCAUUGCUAACACAAACAAUGCUGCUUUUCUUGAUGAGCUUCUCAAGGCGAAAUUAGAUCCUGACAUUGUAGACUCCAGAGGGAGAACUCCAUUGCACAUAGCAGCGUCGAAGGGCCAUGAAGAGUGUGUCUUGGUACUCAUUAAACACGGGUGCAACGUACACUUACAAGACAUUGAUGGUAACACUGCAUUGUGGGAUGCCAUUGCAACAAAGCAUCAUUCAAUAUUUUGGAUUUUGUACCGCUGCGCUGUCAUUUCAGAUCCAUAUGCAACGGGCGAUCUCUUAUGCACUGCUGCAAAGAGAAAUGACAUCACGGUGAUGAAGGAACUGCUGAAACAUGGGAUAAAUGUUGAUGCAAAGAAUCGAAAUGGUUCAACAGCCAUCCAGGUUGCAAUGGCAGAAAAGCAUAGAGACAUUGUCAAUCUGCUAGUAAUGAACGGUGCAGACAUCAAUAGCACAAAUACGUACAUGUUUCCAUCAUCAGUAUUGAACGAGAUGCUGCAAAAACGAGAGAUUGGACACCGGAUAACAGUGCCAGAGAGGAGUGAAGGAGAACACGACUGCAACUGGGGAAAGCAACAGGGAAAGUAUUAUCCUAGAGUGAGCAUUUAUAGAGGCCAUCCUCUGGUGAGAAGGAAUACUUCCUGCUUGGAAGUUGGAAGGUUGAUAAGGUUGCCCAAUUCUUUGGAGGAGCUGAAGAACCUUGCAGGUGAAAGGUUUGGAUUUGACGCAAGAAGGGCAAUGGUAACAAAUGAAGAAGGAGCAGAAAUUGACACCAUUGAAGUUAUUAGGGAUAAUGACAAGCUUUUCAUAGUUGAAGAUCAAGAACCCCAUAUGUAAAUGAAUUCAUAUUGAAAGUACUCAUGUAGCAUGGAUCAAAGUCUGAAGAUCAUAAGAGAAUGAUGAUUAAAGAAGAUCAACAUAAGAGCUCAAAGUCUGAAUUAAUGAAGAAAUAUCAAGAGGAUUUAAAGAGAUGAAAUAUCAGAUUAUUCUGAGAGAUCAGAGACUAGCAACAAAGAAAGUUCAGAGCAAAGAAGAAUUUUUAAGCACUUAGGACAAAGUCUUUAUAAGUACUUUAAGUUUAUUCAAGUAUGAAGUUUUCAUUUUGAAGCUCAUUAGGCAAAUCAACUUAGAGACCUUAAGAUAAUAUCUUUGAACAUGUUUUCAAAGUUAAAACAAAUUUAUAUUCCAAAUAA